AUAAUUAUUAUAAUUAUGAAAUUAGAAUUCAAACGUGGACUUGGCUCUGGUAUCGAAACCGGCCGAAUCCUUUAAAGGAUGAUAUAUCCUGUUACGAAACAAACACUUGUCCAACCUCCAACGAAUCCCGUCUAUCUGAAUAAAACGUCCACACCGACCUUAUCCUCAAAAAAACGUUUUCAGUGCAAAUUAACACUCUUUUUUCACUUCUGGAUGGCAUGGGUAUCUACCUACCUGAUCUUAACCCUUCUCAUUUCGUUUUCAGUUUUCACUGUGUCACCUUAUACGUAUCCACACGUACGUACGUUCAUGUCAGUUGGCAAACGGACCUGAGAGAGAGAGAGACAGAGAGAGAGUAUAAGAAGUAGACAGCUUUUCUCACUCAAGCAUACGUACGGAUAAGAUCAAAUUCAAUAAUCCAGAUUUACUGCCCGAAAGCUGUAAGUACCGAUCUGUUGAUAUUUUGUUAUAUAAACACCCAUUUGCUUCUAGCUUUGCACCGCUCAAAUCCCAUAUUUGCCGUUUGCAAAGAAGCCUGCGCCUCGAUAUACCCACUUGCUGCUGCUUACUCUGCUGCUUGCUAUAUCUCUCCUUACCCAUAAACUCGAGCCAAGCAAACAAGAAAGAAAAAAGAGAUAUCUGACUCUUUCAGGGCCCAUCCUAAUCUUGGGUUCUCUUUCUCCUUUCAAGAUUUGGUGGAGAAAACAUUGAAGACAAUGGCUAUUGCUCAUUUCUUGUUCGGGAUCUUGGGAAACGCUACUGCUCUGUUCCUCUUCUUGUCCCCAACGAUUACAUUCAAGAGGAUCAUAAAGAACAAGUCCACAGAGGAGUUUUCAGGCAUUCCUUACGUGAUGACCUUGCUUAACUGCCUCCUUGCUGCUUGGUAUGGCCUUCCCUUUGUGUCCCCUAACAAUAUUUUGGUGGCAACAAUCAAUGGCACCGGUUCUGUAAUCGAGUCUAUAUAUGUGAUCAUCUUCAUCAUAUUUGCGGCAAAGAGGGAGAAAGCUAAGAUUUUCGGGUUGCUGAUGUUCGUGCUGGCAGUGUUCGCGAUGGUGGCGCUGGUGUCUCUCUUGGCCCUGCAUGACAAGAGCAGGAAGAUCUUCUGUGGCUUUGCUACUACCAUAUUCUCCAUUAUCAUGUAUGCCUCACCCCUAUCAAUUAUGAGGACUGUGAUCAAAACUAAGAGUGUUGAAUUCAUGCCAUUCUUCCUGUCCCUGUUCGUGUUCUUGUGUGGCACUUCUUGGUUUGUCUUUGGGCUCCUCGGCGGUGACCCUUUCGUUUAUGUGCCCAAUGGCUUCGGGUGUGGUCUGGGGACCAUGCAGCUGAUCUUGUAUUUCAUAUACAGAAACAAAAAGGGAGGGACCAAGAAACCACCUAGUACUAGUGCAGAAGAAUCUUUGGAAAUGGGGCUCCCAAAACCAAACCAAGCAAAGAAAUCCAACACAAACGGAUCACUAGCUCAGCCAGAACAUGAUGUCUAAGACACAUGCAUGCUGCAGCAUGGCGUACAAGCUGGUUAAUUCAAGCCAGCCCCUAGCAGCUUGGAUUGGACCGACCACCUCGAUCAUUUUCAAUGAUCCUGUAUUUCAGUUUUUAACUUUUUAGUAUCGAAUUUCACUUCUGCAUGAUCUAGUGCUAGCUUCAAUCUUGUAAGUGAACUUUGGGUGGCUUAAAUAUUUAGACCUCCACCUCUUGUUGA